GACCUGGCUUCUGAUUGGAGGCUGGUUGUUUUGGAUAAUGACCUCCAGGACCCCUCUGGGGGUUACAGUCUGUUUGUAUAACUCUUACUGCAAGUCAAGACACCAGCACUGGGGUGUGAGGAAAAGGAAAAGACCAGUAGUUUUACACCUCCAGGUACCAGAAACGCAGGAGAUUGACCGUUCCAGCUACCUGAGUAGGCCAAGGACCGGCAGCUCCCCAUGCAGCCCCUCCAGACAGCUGCUGGCUAAGAUGAGGGAUCUUCUUCAGUAUGUUGCCUGCUUCCUCGCCUUUUUCUCUACUGGGUUCUUGGUUGUAGCCACCUGGACAGACUGUUGGAUGGUGAAUGCCGAUGAUUCCCUGGAGGUGAGCACAAAAUGCCGAGGCCUCUGGUGGGAGUGUGUCACAAAUGCUUUUGACGGGAUCCGCACCUGUGAUGAGUACGAUUCUAUAUUUGCAGAACACCCAUUGAAGUUGGUGGUAACUCGGGCGUUGAUGAUUACUGCAGAUAUUCUAGCUGGGUUUGGAUUCAUCACCCUGCUCCUUGGUCUGGACUGCAUAAAAUUCCUCCCUGACGAGCCAUACAUCAAAGUCCGCAUUUGCUGUGUUGCCGGAACCACGCUGCUGAUAGCAGGUGCCCCAGGAAUUAUUGGCUCUGUGUGGUAUGCUGUUGAUGUUUAUGUGGAACGUUCUUCUCUGGUUUUGCACAAUAUAUUUCUUGGCAUCCAAUAUAAAUUUGGUUGGUCCUGUUGGCUUGGAAUGGCUGGGUCUCUGGGCUGCUUUUUGGCUGGGGCUGUCCUCACAUGCUGCUUGUACCUCCUCAAAGGUGUGGGACCUGAAAGGAACUAUCCGUAUUCCAUGAGGAAGGCCUAUUCGAAGGCAGCUGUUUCCAUGACGAAAUCAUAUGUGGCUCCUCGGACAGAGACCGCCAAAAUGUAUGCCGUUGACACAAGGGUGUAGAGUGCUGCACAUCAGUCUGUGUUUAUGUAUUAUUGAACUAAUUGAUUGAUGAGUACAGGUGAAUAAAAUAUUAAGUAAACCCAGAAAGAGUUAUUUAAACUUCAUGUUCAGCUAAAUUAAUUGUGCACCUUAAUCAAAAAGUUUGUCACUUCUUUUUUCUAUUAUUGUCAUAUUCUUCUUCAUUCUUUCUUCACACAUUCUCUCUCUCUCUCUCUCUCUCACACACACACACACACACACACACACACACUUGCCUUGUAUUUCAAGAUGAGGUUGCUAGGAUAUAAAAAUGGUUGCUUGUUAUUUCUUUAUUGCUGUUAGGGAUUGUGACAUGGUAAUAUUGAAAUAAAAUUACCCUUUAUAAAUAGAAAGCAACCUUCAAAAGAGGCCGGAGAUUCUCAUCUUUGAAGGGAUGGAUGAGCUCUUAGCUCUUUCCCUGGUUUUUGCUUCACUUUUUGUAUUCUCAACUGAAUGAGUUAUUUGAUAACUUUAAAGAAGAUGAUUCUAAAUUUAAGUUAGUAUGCCAGUGCCUACUAUUGCUCUCAUUCUGUUACAAGAGAAAAAAGAAAAUAGCUUUAUGUGCCAGGCACUGGUGGGAGUUAAAGAUAAGAAAUUUCCCCUUCACACUCCAAAUGUCAAAAGCAAAUGCUAAAUUAAUUCUGGAGUCAGUGGUGACUUUCUUCCUCAGUAACAAUGUAAGAGACCUAUAUAUUGUUGUCAUUGCUCCCUGUUUGCUUAUAUUUUGCCAAAUUAUUAUACUUUAGCAGCAAUAACUAAGCAAGCAGUUCACUCAUUUAUAGAUUGGACAUCUAAAUAUAUUUUAUGAAUGCAUCAUAUUAGAGUUCACUAACUCUAGUGUCCGCUCACAACUAGAUCGUCAACCCCCUAGCAAAGUAUCUGAUAUAUGAUAAAAUAUAACAAAUAUUUGUUGAUUGAAAUAAAUAAAGCCUUACAACUCUUUACUUAAAUAAUUUUUCUCAUAAAAUAUGCUUUUUUAAAAAAAUGUUGAAAUUAUGUAUAUAUUUAAAGAAAUCAGUGAAUGAUUGCUAAUGGGAUUAAUCCAUAUUCAUAAUGUAAUCAUCUUGAAUUUUUAAAUGGUAAACUAUUUUAAAAGGUUAUAAAAUUUAAUCUCAGACUCUGAUUCCUUGUAUUUCACAUGAAUAGCAUUAAUCUCCUUGUACUAUCUUAAUGAAUUUUUGACUAUAUUGGAAAUUACUAUUUUGAAAAAUGGAAAUUUAGUUGUGAAUUUCUAAAGACCCCAAAGAAGUAUUUAAACUAAAAAAAAACCCCUAAAAAUAAUUUGGAAAUGAGAUGAUGAAAGCCUAGUAAAUAAAUAUAUUAUUGUUGUUGAGAAUGGCAUUUAUGAUUUCAAAAGGUAUUUCUUUACCAGUGUUCUCAGGAGAAGUUCUAAUCUAAUCUUAGAAUUAAGAACAACUGAUUCAUUUAUUGAAUGGGUGUUAUUUCAUGGGUGUUAUUAACUGUAUAAUUCACAUACAAAAAAAUUAUUUGUAGGUCAGAUGUCCUAGUCACAUGGGUAUUAUUCUAUGCAUUUUAAAACUUAUUUUGUCUUGAUAUUUUUCCUCAACCUUGUUUUUUCAAAGUUUAUUUUCACUUUUACUUUAUGACAUAUUAUCUGUUUUCUUUUGUAUAUUCCAAUGUGUCUCUUGAAAUCCCUCUGGAGAGGAGGAGGAUAAAAAUGAAUUAAGUAGCUCUUUAAAUUUUAAAGUUACAAAAUUUUUUCUCCUUAAACAUUUUAUUUGUAAGAAGAAAUAUUUCAAAGGAUUAUGGUGAUAAUUGACUUCUGUGACAGUUUUGAAUUUUUUCUCAAUAAAAACAUUUUGUAUAU